UUUAAGACUGUUGUGUAUGCUGAGCUGUGUUAGCUUAAGACUGCUAGAACAAAUUGUAGUGGCAUUCAGAAGCCUGACUAGAUGUGUUCCCACAGGAAAUGAAGUGAUUGCAGUAGACUGGAAAGGACUGAAAGAUGUGGACCAAAUCAAUAUGGACAGCACCAGUUCACUGCAUGGCAGCAGCUUCCAUCGACCUUCCACUGAGCAAACACGAACAGAUUUCUCCUGGGAUGGUAUCAAUCUCUCCAUGGAAGAUACGACCUCCAUCCUCCCCAAACUGAAACGCAACUCCAAUGCCUAUGGGAUUGGGGCUUUGGCUAAAUCAUCUUUCUCUGGCCCCUUAGGGAUAUCUCGCAGCAUGAAGGACCAUGUCACAAAGCCAACGGCUAUGGGCCAAGGCCGUGUGGCUCACAUGAUUGAAUGGCAAGGCUGGGGCAAAGGUAACAGCCAGCAGCAGCAGCACACGCAUGAGACAGCACGCAAAGAUGCUGAUGCCUACUCAGACCUGAGUGAUGGUGAAAAGGAGGCCCGGUUCCUUGCAGGAGUGAUGGAGCAAUUUGCUAUUUCUGAGGCAACUCUCAUGGCCUGGUCCUCCAUGGAUGGUGAGGAUGUGAGUGUAAACUCAAAUCAGGAGAACCCAGCAGGCAACUACUCUGAGAACUAUCAGGAGCUAAUGGAGAGCCAAGAGCAUAUGGCCCAGACGCAGUAUGAUAGCUGGCCUCAUUCCUACGUCUCGCAGGGCAUGUAUUGCUUAGGCUCAUCCGAUGCCUGGGAGACCAGUGACCAGUCCCUCAUCGCUUCCCCAGCAACUGGCUCCUACUUAGGCCAAAAUUUUGAUGAGUCCCAGACAAACCUUCAGGAAAGCAUUUUGAUUCAGAGCAGCCUUCUCCAGCAGCAACAGCUGCAGCAACAGCGGCAGGAGCAGAACUUCAUCCAGAGCACGGGGCUGGCCCAUGUGUGGCCCCUGCAGACUGCACAGGGUGGGGGUGGGGCUGAGUCUAGCACAUACAUGGAGGACCACAUUGAGGAUGAAGGGAACCCACGGCUGGAGAAGGCUCCUCUCCUAAGCAAGAAGCCCUCUCCAGAGGAGGAUGAUGCAGUGUGCCGGGACCUGGAAUCACUGUCUCCUCGAGAGGAGAUGGAACAUGCUGCACUGAGCCGCAAAGUCUCAGAUGUCACCUCCUCUGGGGUGCAGUCCUUUGAUGAGGAAGAGGGAGAAACAAACAACUGAUGCUUUCUGUGAAGUUGUCAUCACUGCUGAACAAAGAGAGGGGUGGCAAGGAAUGAAAUUGCAGGGAUUCUUCUUUCCAGCUCCCCAUACUUCUGAGCAGACACACCUUCCAUUCCUGACAUUUAUUUUUUUAAACAAGAGGAAAACCUGAAAGUGCUUGACACAUGAAGACCUCUUCUUCCACUCCACCAUGGACACUUGGACAUUUUUGAUUUUCAUUGCUCUGGGCAACAUAUGUGAGGUGCUUGGAGAGAUCUGGAUUGGUAAAUCAUUUCUAAAUCUUUUUAAUACAAAGUCUUGGCUGUGGAUACAAACUUUUCUGGUACUGGGGAUGUGGCUGAUGAGACAGGCUUAGUAUAGGGAGCAGCUGUGUGACUCGAAUCCAUCUUGGCAGAAUGGAUGUUGCCCUGUGGACAUGGUCCCCUUUGAUAGAAUAUGUGAAUAUAAACUGGUAUAAAAUGAAGAUAUGGCUUUACAAAUAUAGAUAGCACUAAUAUUGUGAUUGUCGCUGAUACAGAGGAUAAGGCUGUAUUCGAUACAGACUGUACUGAGAUGAAAGGUUCACUGUGUAACCAAAUCCUCAGUAGCACCUUGUAUGAAAUUGCAGGCUUGAUGGAUAUGAGCUCGGCUCCGUGGGCACGAGCUGUGCUGCAGUACAGAUAGUCUGGCUCUGUGGGUGUGGCUCUGAUGUGGCAUGGAAGAAUGGAUGCAGAUACGAAACUAACCCUGCUCGCAGAUACUCAUGCUUUGGUCUCUUUCUAAUCUUUAUUUCUUUCUCUUUUUGACAUUUCUACCUCCCCAGGAGCUGGCAAGAGUGUGUGUCCUUUUGGCAUUGGGCACUGGAUGCCAGUGGAAAAGACAUUUUCAGCUACGGAGACAGUCAUAAAAAGCUGACUCUUGCAGGGGGCUUGAGAACAUGUCUAUCUUGGUGCUGCUGCUGCAUCCUUCUGUCUUUUCCCUUACCAGCAGUAGGGGGAGACCCAGAGAGUAGGCAGCAGAUCCAGGAACAGUGUGUACAGCUAUGAGAUCACAGAUACCCAGUUUACGUUGGAGUUUUCAGUUUUUGCUUUUUGUAACCUUUUUAUAUCGCUGGGUGAGUGUUCCUAACAAAGCAGUUAAUAGUGGGAAAGGCCUGUACUCCAGUCAUCACUUAACAGAAAUAUUGCAUCUUUCCCAUUUCUGUCACUCCUUCUGCAGUGCCAAAUGUAGCUGGAGGAAAAAGGGUGUGAGGGGAAGUUUUCUCCUCCUGUUUAUUUCUUAUUCCUGCCUAUAUUUUCUUCUUUUGUUUUCCUACCCCAAAGCAAUGUAAAUAAUGCUCAGUACUGGGUCUGUUUCUUUUCCCUCCCUCUCUUCUUUUAGGAGUGGAGAAAGCUGAUUUCAGGACUAUUCCCCAUUUAUACGGGUUCUGUUUUGGGGUUUUUUUGUUAACAGAUUAUGGUUUAUUGAUGAGGGGGUAUUUGGUCUCUUACAAUUCCUCUCCGUGUUUCUACAGACCUCCUUUUGGGGGGAAGGGGUUUUGAAAGGAGCAAACGCUUCCUUUCAAGCUCUUAACCAGAAAAUAAAAGAGCGAAAGCAAAAGAAAAAAUUGUACAAGGCUAUCGAUUUUGCUAGAGGACUGAGCAGAACCAGCAGAGAUUACCCAAGUGCUGAGUUUUAAUUGCAAUACCUCUUGCAAAGAAGCAUCAGCAAAGCAUGGGUUUAGAUCAGAUGAUAGAUCUGAUGAGCUAGAGAAAGGAAUUUGCCCAGACACUGCCAUACUGCCCAGGGGUGACUUUCUCACUUACUCUGACUCAUAUCUACUCUGUUUAACUCAUGAUACAUUUGUCUCUUCUUUGCCUCCUCUUCAGGCUUGGUGUAUUUUUUGGAUGACAGCAGAGUGAUACAUGCUCCUGUCCUGAUUCAAGUUUAGUCCUAGCAUAUUUGCAGGGAAGAAUGCCUGAAGAGAAUAAAAUGUGACUGAAGUAAUAUCAUCAUGUGUCAGAGUUCAGACAGCUGAACUCCAAGCAAAGUGGAUGAUGUCCAGGAAUUAUGAGAAGUACAAAUGGGACUCUCAGGUAGAACUUUACCCCACUCAGCUUUCUCCCACUUACACAGGCAGCUGCAUGAAGAGGCUCUCCUCUAUGAAAACCCAACUCUUUCCAGCCAAGUCCACUUCAAGCGGAUCUGUCUUCCCUCGCCAUUGCACCUCUAAAGGAAAGACCUAUGGGAUAUUUAAGUAAGGCUGGUAAUUUGGUGUAGGUAAGAGAUGAUACAAGUUUUUGUGACCAUCUUUUUACCCAUUUACUUGGGCUUGCUUGCAUCUCUCUGAGGAGGUAGCUCUUCUCCUGAAUGAUGACCUUUCAAUAUCUCUCUAAAGAUGUUUACACAUUCAGGUGCUAACCUCCCCUGGGCAGGACAAUCUCCUACAAAGAUGAUCUCCUACAGUUCUUGCGGAGCCAGUGCAAGCUCACUGUCCUGAACUGGUUUGGGUCUAGCCAUGGAGCAGGGCCUAGGAAAUCACACUAGCCAGAAUAAGGAGAUGGGGCAAGUGCCAAGAGCACCUCAGUAGAUGACAGAUGAUUAAGUGUUAACCUUCUAUGGCUUUUUUAAAAAGCCUUCAGGGAAUCAAAAAUGGUCAGGUAUGUUCCUCUGUGGGAGGUUUGGGUGUCUUCUUGCUUUUUUCUCCAAACCAUUUCAUUCCCAUGUGCCUCUUCUGGACCAAUCUGGAUGUUUACGGUAACUUUCAGAGUAGCUUCUAAUGAUCCUUCUGUAUUGUUUACAGGACUGGGACAGUGGGUCAGCUUACCCAGGGCUUCAUUUUCUUUUAGUGUGGACAUGUGUUACAUUUACUAAGAUGUCUGAUUGAUGUCUAAAAGAUGUACAUUAUCUCCAUGCAGGACAGCGACAGGCAAAAAGUGUGAAAAAAGUUAACCUUAUAGAAAAUUCGGGGGGGUUCAAUAGGAAGAGGAAACCUAUCUGUAGAGCUUUCUAACCUCUGUGGAAUGGGAUAGAGAAUUAUACCCUGUUGUAUAAUUCCAUAACUCGAUCUUUAGAAACUUGUAGACUCUCUCUGUGAAUUCAGACUGGUUUGAAUACUACUCUCUACAAAAACUUUCAAGCUUACUAAAUUCUAUAUUUUUUUUCGUAAACUUUUUGACUUUCUGUGAAUAAUAAGAGUUCAGCCUUUUUCUGAAAAAAAAAAAAAGAAAAAAAGAAAAAAAAAAAGGGCUAUUUUCCAUGGCCUCUCCAGAAUCUAAAAGAGAAAUUGUAUCUACAUUUGCCAGGAGCUUGACUGCAGAGAGCAGGUCUGCCCAUCCACACUUGCUACCUGAAUGAGCAUCCUGAGCUGAACUGGAAAGUCAGUUUGAAUCUCUUGGAAAAUGGUUUGUAAAACCUGGUCUUUUCUUAUGUAACAGGCCUGCUGCUUAUGUGUAUCCAAUAUCAUAGAGAGGGACCUGGAACCUACAGUACAUUUCCCAGAAAAGCCGUUAUUCUAUAGCUGCACUUAUUGAAGCAUAUGGGAGGCACAGGUGCUCUGUGAUCAAAAUUUGGCCUGCAGUGCCUUUAUCCUGGUGAGAAGGGAUGAGUUGGAGAGAGUCCAGCCAAAUACUCAGAGCCCAAAUGGAAUUUGUGAGACUGAAAAUAAGAAAGAAAGGUAAGCUGAUCUAUAGUUAUUAAGAAACUGAACCCAGCUGUUCGUUUACAUAUACCCUUUGUAAAUCAGACCUGCAUUACAUAAAACUUUUGGAUUUUCUUGAAGCAGUGGAGGUAGAAGAUUCCCAUCUUUCCCCUCAGGCCUUUGUCCUCAAUGGGAACUUGUUGAAAUUAUUGUGCUGAAUGUGAAGAAAGGCUUAAACACAAGUGACCCUAAUUGAAAAAGAUCUCAGAUUCUACUGCAAGAAAAAUCUUGUUCCUUUUCCCAUGAUUGCUCAUAUCUGAUCAGUUAUGCUAUUUCUUAAGUUUUUCUUUUAUAUAAAUCUUAAGCUUUCUUUACAAGCCUUGUGAGUUGUCUACAACUAUUAUCUCAGACUCUGGGAUAGAGAAGUCAAUCUGCUUCUUUCAUUUUCUGUGCCUCUAAAUCACCAUCUUCUGGGAAGCUGCUGACAAGUCACACACUUGCUUUUCCCUCUUAAAAACUUUAACAUCACCUUUCAUGAUAGGUUUGCAGUAGAGAACAGAACCAUACCUCUAAGGUGAUCAAAAAGUGAGCUGCUGUGAAGGAGGAAGCAGUCUGCCCUGCCAGCUCAUCUCCCACAGUGCUUGUGCAGGUGCUGAUGCACAGUUGACCCCCACAGCAAGCCACUGCACUUUACCCCGUGCACCCUACUAUAAAAGCGAAGAGGGACCAGCUGUGAACAAAGGGAGAGGGAACACUAUUCUCAGCAGCUGGCCUUUGUAUCAGGUUAGGGAAAGUGGGUAAGUGCACUUUGAAAUGGGAUCUUCAUGAGUUGUCUAAGCUGCUAAAAGGAUGCAGCUCCUCCCUUCCAUCACCACCAGUUGUAUACUCCUACUACCUAAGAAGCGCUAGUGCCGAGACUCAUUUGGGUGCUCAGGAAUUGGUCUGAUUGAAAACCAGCCCUGUCCCCUACCAAAUAAGGGUUUCAGUGGGAUCAGCUCCUUGUGGCGUUUCACUUGGCGAGGCAAGCAUGACUGAGGGCUGGUGAAAUGUGCAGAUGGUCAUGUUGAAGACUAUUUCUUUGGUUGCAGAUGUAACUUAAAUUAGCUUAAGCUGUUUAUGAAAUACCUGUUUGAGAAGAUUAAACCCAGCUGGGGCACCAGGGAGGACAUAUUCCCCUCUUCCUUCCAUACUGUUUUCCUUAGAAUUUCUAGUAUGCUUUUCUCUGAUUUGGUCUCUCAUGUUAUUUAAUGCCUUGUUAUUUCCCUCACUAUUCCUUCCCAAUCUACAGGCCCCUUUGGGAGAAACCCUUGCAAUAGUGCAGGAGGAGAUGAGUAACUUGAUAUAUACAUGGAAUUAAUAAAAUUAACAUGCACAAAUCUUGUAUGCACUCAGUGGUUACACUUCAUGGCAGCUAAAGAUGCUAAUGAGUCUUCUCCUGUAAUUGCAAGAGGCAGAGCCUUGUGCAGGAGUGAAGCACAGUUGUUGGAGGUGAGAUUUGUCCCUAUAUUUAAGCCAGUUCCAAUAUAGUGUGAGAUCCAGAAUGGUUAUUCACACCUAAACAGAGUCUGUGCAUGAUGUACUAUGUACAGCAACAACUGAAGAUAUUAGUUGUAGGCCCAGAGAACUGGGGAGAAGGAAACUGUUUUCUUCAUUUGACAGAUAUGAGGUAUGGGGUGAGGCAAAGUAGGCUUGUAGACAACUGUGUGCUCUGUGCAACAGCAAGUCUAGCCGCAGAGGGAAGGACAUUGAGAGAAAGGCUUGGGAAAAAGAUCAAGAAAAGCUUGAUGUCUGAUGUUUACACAGCACAGGUAGGAAGCUUCAUGGCAGACUCCAGAUAGAAUGGGUUCAGGUACAGAAUUGCUACACGAGCUGUAGCUCCAGGAUUGGAGUUUAUGAUACCCCUUUGUCCCAACCACACUUCUUUCUGUAAGGUUGAGCGAUAGGAAAGAGACCUCUCUGAAUUUGAGCAUCUGCUGGCUUCUCUUUCAUCAUCGUUGAAAAACAGUUCACAGUAUGCUUAAUUCUUCAGGAGAAUCAUAUAAGAAAUACACCAAAUAAGAACUUAGUCGUUAUCCAAAUGAUGUUAAUAGGAGUUCUGUUCUCAUUGGAAAGCCAAAAUAUCUAAAUAUAACUCAGUUUGCCUUAACUAUUAUAUUGGUAAUUGCCUAGAAGGAGAAAUGAACUAAAAUAAAUCCACCUCUAAAUGUUGUAGAGAGCAGAGUGAUGUUGGCAUAGUCUAAGCUCUUCCUUUUAAUUUCUCCCAGAUGGAAUUUCCCAUGUUCCUGGUUCAGACAACUCUACACAAUUUGACAUUUCCCUUAAACUAACUGACUUUUUCCAAAAGGAAAAGAAAUGAAAGAAAAAAAAAAAAUCUAUC